GGUUGGUCACCUUUCACUAGCAUACAGUCGAGUCUGGAGUCAAGUUGUUGGCCAUUGUUGGAUAGAAGUUGCUUGUAGAGGAACAGUUUUUUACCAAUCACUCAGAACAAUAGAAGUGAAAAUCGAAAUUUUGUGGCUGCAAUGCGAGUACGGUGAUGGUAUGAAGAUAGGAAGAAGGAUGAUAUUACGGUAGAUGGAGUUUACAGAAGAAUCAAAAUUAUUUUUUACCACCUUUGCACCUCAACAGAAUUAUGCUGUUUUUCCUACUAACAUGCCUACUGCAGUAUACGACAGCCUUCACAUACAAAAUCCACGAAUCUAUGACAGAAGAAGAACUGAAAAAGGUGUUUCAUGUAGACCAUCCAUCUAAGGUUCCGGAAUAUGAAGUUGUGUGGUUGCGGAGCAUAAGGAAGAGAGAAGUGUCAACCGACGAUCCUACAAAGCGCUUACGACUUCAAGCCUUUGGUAAAGACCUCGAUUUAAAGUUGACUAAAAACGAAAAUUUGGUGAAAGCUGAGGUACCACUCUAUUCAGUGGCAACAAACUCUAGCGGACAUAUUGUAUAUCAAUUGAUUCCACACGAGGAACCAUCUGGUGACACCUACCAAGACAUCCAAAACGAAGCUGCCUUACUUGUCCAUACUGAUCCAACCGAUGGAGCUGUUUUAUACGAAGGUACUAUUGGUCAUGAGCUGGUACUCAAGCCCUUACCAAAAUCGAUAAGAAUCAAACAAAAUAGGCUACUCAAGGAAGAUGUUGAUCGAAAUCAUGUUGUGUACAAAAGAAACCGUAAAGUGGAAGGUCAAUACUCAGACUAUGCCUUAAUGGAGCCUGGAGAAUUGACGGCAAAGCGAAGAAGACGAUCUCGAUCUUUGAAACAGAAAAGAGAAGCACCGUACGUCAUAUACCCCGAAAUAUUGGUCAUCGUCGACUACGAUGGUUACAGGCUGCAUGGAGGCGAUAACGUUCAAAUCAAAAGAUACUUCAUCAGCUUCUGGAAUGGUGUUGAUCUAAGAUAUAAACUUCUUAAAGGCCCUAAAGUGAGGAUCAGCAUCGCAGGCAUCAUCAUAUCCAGAGGAAGGGACGCAACGCCGUACCUAGAGAGGAACAGAGUGGGGCGGGAUGGUAUAGAUUCUGCUGCCGCUCUCACUGACAUGGGCAAGUACCUAUUUCGUGAAAGAAGAUUGCCAGUGUAUGACAUAGCAGUCAGCAUCACCAAAUUAGAUAUGUGCAGGAGGCAGUUUCCUUCGGAGGCUUGCAACCGCGGUACAGCAGGAUUUGCUUAUGUUGGUGGCGCAUGCGUGGUAAACAAGCGACUUGAAAAAGUCAACAGCGUAGCUAUAAUAGAAGACACGGGUGGAUUCAGUGGCAUUAUUGUUGCAGCCCAUGAAGUCGGUCAUUUGCUUGGAGCAGUUCAUGACGGUUCACCACCUCCUACUUACUUGGGUGGGCCUGGUGCAGAGAAGUGUCGAUGGGAAGACGGCUAUAUCAUGUCUGAUUUGAGGCAUACAGAAAAGGGUUUCAGGUGGAGUCCAUGUUCAGUGCAGUCCUUCCACCACUUUCUCAAUGGAGAUACUGCGACAUGUUUGUACAACUCUCCUCAUGAGGACGAAUCUCUUCCAAGAGUGUUACCGGGUAAAUUAUUAACACUGGACGCACAAUGUAGACGAGACAGAGGAACAUCGGCAUGUUUUAAAGAUGAGAGGGUCUGUGCUCAACUUUUCUGUUUUGAUUCUGGUUCUGGGUAUUGUGUUGCCUACAGGCCAGCAGCUGAAGGGAGCCCGUGUGGUGAUGGGCAGUAUUGUUCUAGCGGUAGAUGUGUUGUAGAGAACGAAAAUAUUAUUCCAGACUUCUCCCAACACCCUGGCUUCCUCAGGAGAUCAGAUGACCCAUCAGCCUACAAUUCAACAAGGAAUAUUCCAGUCUCAGGCGAUCAGCUGACGACUCAAACACCUCAAACGACACUAAAAAUGACCUUCCACAGACCAAUUAGUCAAGAUGGGACUGAUGACUCAUGUGUAGAUGAAGUACAGAAGGGACCAAAUUGUGCUGAGAUCAUCCAAAAAUAUGGACCACUCUACUGUAGCACAGAGUAUAUUCGGCGACAUUGUUGUGCUGCCCAUAAGUAUUUAUGCCCAAAGAUACAGUCAGAAGAAGUCUAACAGACCAAGAAAUGCCUCUGUCAUUAAUACACAGCAAUUGUUUGGAAGAAAACAAACAAUUUUUAAAUUGAAAGCUACUAUUAUAUCAACAAUUGUAAUUUCUAUAUAAAACAAAACUCUUAUGUAUAUGUAAAGAAAAAAGAAGUUACCCAAAAAACAAUGUAAAUAGACAGUAUAUGUAUAUGUAUAUAUAUAUAUAUAUAUAUAUAUAUAUAUAUAUAUAUAUAUAUAUAUAUAUAUAUAUAUAUAUAUAUAUAAACGAUGAAUACUUAUAAGGAUUAUAAAAGUAAUUUAAGAAACAAACUAUUAACAAAAAUAUGUGAUAUUUCUCCAUAAUAAAUAAAUCAUAACUUUACUUUUUAAUGUGAGAAUGUAAUUUUUGUGAGAGAGAAAUAUAAAAAUAUACAUUAAAAAUGAAAAUUAAAUUGCUUUAAUUUUAUAAACACAUCCAGAAGAAACGGAAAAUGCACAAUACAAAAUAUAUUGUUAUGUAUACUAUAACAAUAUCAUAUUAUUUUUUAUUCCUCGGUAAAAUAACAUUAAUAUAAACAAAUAUAAUCAGACAAAAAUGUUAAAUAAAUGCAUUAAGGUCUAAGAGCUUACAAUUAUUUGAUGUUAAUUCAUAUAGUCACUAACUCUAAUUUUUAUCAAUAAUUUUAAAUAAGAGCUAAGAACCAUUAAUAUAUAUUUUUGAUACUCUACUUGUAGAUAUAUUAAUUUAAAUAAAUUGACAUAAAAGAUACCACCAGUCUACUGGGCGUUUCAGAACUAAAUGGCCAACUGAAAUUAUGAAUUAAGGGUGUCAAAACAAGAAAAAAAAAUCUGGUGCGCGCAACACACAACUUUCCCUUACCGAUCUACUUUGAAUAGAAAUUAUUUUCUGGCAAUGCUGGGCUAUUAUAAAAUUUUUUGAAGUGCAUUUUAAACAGAUCUAAAGAUUAAAGCUUACAUAUAACAAGUCAUUAAGACCAUUAUAAUUACAAAAUGUCUAUUCAAUAUAUCGACGACAGACAAUAACAAACUAGUCACUCCAUCUGCUUUUAUAAACCACAGAAUGACUAACUCCAAUUUCAACAUUUUUGAGUGGUCAUUUUAAUGAUAUUUGAAGUUGAAAAAGUUAUCUAUGCAGACAAUGAGUAAGUUGAUUCCAGAGGUGGUGAUUGCAUUGUUGAAAUAUAGAACUGAGAAUAAAGGUAUAAAUUUAGGUACUUAUUUCUUAUGAAAUAUGUCCUUAGGAAAGAUACUUUAUUCAAUAUUUGUAAAAAAAAGGUUUUUUUAGUCUCAACAAUUAAAAAAGUAUAUUUUAAAUUUAGCCAAAUUUUCGCCUCUUCAGGGAAAAAAACUAGAGGCCAUAUCUUUCCUCCUGAUUGUGUCCGAUUUUAACGAUAUUUUUUUUUUUUUUUAGGAAAUUCCAUAAACAUUUAAAAAAACAUAAUACAAUAUCCCCCAAAAAGCGUAUACUUUUUGAGUUAUUCGGAAUUUAAUUUUACCAUCCCUCGUAACUUUUUUUUCAGCUUCUUUUUGUUGAAGUAUGUUAUAUAGAUAAAUUUAAAGGGUGUCGAGAAAAUGACAUCAGCAAAGUUUCAUUGAAAUCGAUACAUUUGUUUAGGAGCUAGUCUAUAGCAACACAGGUUUUUCUGCAUUUUUAUUUUUUUUCUCCUUAUUAACUUAUCAAAUUCUUUCAAAAGUUAUAUGUAGCAUAUUUUUAUAACUCUGAAUAAUGUGAAAUGAUUGUUAAAAUAAACCAUAUGAAAGGUACUUUAGAGGAAGACAUAUAUGAACAUUGGACAUUUAAGCCCUGUAAAGUGACAUCAACAGGAAUAAGACUUAAAUGAUAUUAAAGACCACUUAAUUAUACAAUGAUACACCGAGUUUAAUCAAAAUCAUUAAUGCCGUUUUUGAGAAAAUUGUAAAAAUGUGUUUCAGCGUUCAUAUAAAGUGGCACUUCCGGUUAGCCGAUUUUAACAAAAAAGUUGCUGUCACAUCCAGCCCAUAUACAAACCUUAAAUACUUAAUAUCAGUUUCAUACUACUUUUCGUUUAUGAGCUAGACUGUUGACACACAAACACAGACCAUUUUGCGACACUUGGUUAUUUGGACUCAGGAGACCUUAAAACAUGUAUUUCCGUUGAAAACUGAGAUUCGAAAAUUUUCACGAUCACAAUACUUACCCUUACUAUAUAUUACAUAUAUACGUAAGUGAAAGUAAAAAUCCUAUGAAGGUAUGUCCACAAACACUCGGUUUAGGAGAUAUUCACAUCUAAAGAAUUUCAUUUUUAUGAAUUAUUUAAGUUAUAUUAAGUAAAUAAAACUUAUCUAUUUGUUUCAACUACUUUAUUAAUUAAACGUAAAUAUUAAGUGUUUUACAAAGUGAUUUCCUUGAGCAUUAAGAUCUCGGCAUCUUUCUUCAACAGUAGCAGUGGCAGAACGGUACUGGAUAUAUGUUAUUGUUUCACAAGAUUCAAUUACCCUUCUUCAUAAGGAAUUAAGAACAUUGACCGGACUUGGAUAGACUUUUUGUUUAAUAUCACACCAAACAAAAAAAUCCAGUGGUGUCAGGUCUUGCAGGGGCAACCCACUGGUCCUGCAUGGCCAAUCCAUUGAUUGGGACAAUUAACAUCUAGCCAUUGCCGUGGACAACUUCUGUAAUGUGCAGGAAAACCAUCUAAUUGACGCCACAUGUCCCUUCUCAGUUGUAGUGGAAUAUGUUCAACUAAACUAAGACAUUGAAACGUGGAGUUAAAGAUAGAUUGUUUGGUAAUCUUCUAUACACAAAUCGCCUGGCAUAUUCACGACGGGCAGCAUUAACAUUACCAUUGCAAAAACCAUAUGGGCAUAUUCAGCAUCAGUAUAAAUGGAAGGCAUAAUAAUGAGUACUCUGGGAAAGAUUCUUACAAACUGAUAAAUGUUAUUGAGAGUUCCCGAUUCCAAAUAGUAUUAAUCCUUAUGUUGCCAAUAAUUUUUAUACAGUUAGGAAUAAAAGGCUAUAUUAGUAUUCUAUCUAAUCCAUCUCCUAAACAAAGCUUUUGUGGACAUACCUUCACUUUGAACAACAUUUAAUAUGAAUGUUAAUGUUUACAUUUUAUUAAUAAAGUAGUUAGAAAAAAUAAGCAGGUUUUAUUUAUUUCAUGUAACGCAAAUAAUUCAUAACAACGAAAAUCUUUAGGUGUGAAUAUUUCCUAAACAAAGCGUUUGCGGACAUACCUUCAGACGAAUUUUUUUUAUUGUUUUGAGGUCCUUCUUAGUUCAUUUUUGCAGUUUGGCCACUUAACCCUGAAAAACCCUAUAUAUUGCUGGAUCAACAAAUGCUUUGAUUUAUAUUAGGAAAAGAAUAUUUAGCUAUCUAAAACCUUAUAAAAAGUAUUUCUAACUUACAAAUUACAAUUAGGAAUAAACAUCUUUUUUUUCGUGGAACAGAUUCAAAAUGGCUAGCUCUUUUCAGCUCCACCAUAUGUAAUCACUUCUAUUGCUCUUAUUUUUCUUUUUUACUGAGGCAUAUAGCAUUUAUCUCUAGUCAUCAGUUACAUAACCAUAUGUAAAUCAUUCUGAUUUAAUUCUUGAAAAGAAAAUGGUGAUUACUCAAAUCAACCUAAUUCUCUAACUUUUUUAUCCAUUACAAUUAACUAAAACUGGAUGAUGAUAAAUAUUGAAUAAUUUUUCAGUUUAAUAUUUCAUAAAUAAAAUAUUCUACUGUUUCACAAAUCAAAAUCUUUUAAUUAAUAAUUGAAUUUUAUUAUUAAUUUAUAUGAUAUUAUGUCACAAUUCUUAAUUGUGAAUUUUAGUUUUUAGAACUGAAUAUUAGUCUUUUAGAUUAACAAUUCAUUAGAUAAAAAUCAAAUGUGAGUAAACAGGUCAAUUAAUAUAUCACAAUUACUAUGUUCUCUUCACAGAUUAAUAACUUGUCUCAGAUAUAAACAAAAAUAAAAAUCAUGGAUUUGGGGAUGUUGGUACUAAUAAAUAUAACAAAAAACACAAUUAAAACAAAUAUUAUAUUAAAUGAUAGUAGAAGCUAUACAAAUUCUACAGAAGUAGGGCUAAUCUCUCAUAUCUUGAUUAAUACUUAAAAAAACAAUAACAAGAUUUUAGAUACACCUCCUAUCCCUCAUAGCUCUGGAAAUCUGCACCUGCUUUCACCAUGUCAUAGAAUGCAGUUUCAGGAUUAUAAUUC